UGACCUGAGAUAAGCAAACGCACACCUGCGGUGCGGGCUGCGGCUCCGCUCAUCGCUGCCAGCCAGUCCAGGUCACUGCCUCCCUCGUUCCACACCAUGCCAGCGGCCGCUCUCGCCGUGCGGGUGGCCGCCGUCCUGCUCCUCCUCGCCCGAGGCGGAUCCGGAUCGGCGCCCGGGGAGUUCGUGCUCAGUGGCUUCGCGAGCGGCAACGUCACGACCAGCGGCGCGGCCGUCGUCACCUCCUCCGGCCUCCUGCAGCUCACCAACGCGACCAACGAGGUGUUCGGGCACGGCUUCUACCCCGUGCCGCUCCGCUUCAAGGACGCCUCCUCCACGCCGCGCUCCUUCUCCACCACCUUCGUGUUCGCCAUGGUGCCGCGGCACGACGACGCGCACGGCCACGGGAUCGCCUUCGCGCUGGCGCCGUCGCCGACCGUGCCCGGCGCGGUGGCCGGGAAGAACCUCGGCCUGUUCAACACGUCCGACGACACGGGGAAGGCCAGGAGCGGGGUCGUCGCCGUCGAGCUCGACACGGCCAAGGACGAGGAGUUUAGCGACAUCAACGACAACCACGUCGGCAUCGACGUCAACAGCCUGGUGUCCGUGAGCUCAGCGCCGGCGGCGUACGUCGACGCCGGCAGCCUAGUCAACAUCAGCCUGGUCAGCGGGGAGCCCCUGCAGGCGUGGGUCGAGUACGACGGCGCGAGCAUGCGCCUGGAGGUGACGGUGGCGCCGGCGCGCAAGCCCAGGCCGGCUGUCCCGCUCGUGUCUUCCAUCGUCAACCUCUCGUCGGCCGUGGCCGACGACACGUACGUCGGGUUCACGGCGGCGAACGGCGCGGCCUCCACCUCUCACUACGUUCUUGGCUGGAGUUUCCGCCUAGGCGACGGACGCGCGACGGACCUCGACGCCUCGAAGCUGCCGCCGGUCCCAUCGUCCAAGAAGAAGACGUCGCGGCUAAACUUGGUCACGCUGUCCCUCGUUGUCGUCGUGGCACUCCUCUUAGCGUCGGUGGCAGUCGCAGCUCUCGUGGUCAGGCACCGGCGGUUCGCCGAGGAGCAAGAGGACUGGGAGAUACAGUACGGGCCUCACCGGAUCAGCUACAAGGACCUGCACGCGGCCACGAGGGGGUUCCGCGACGCCAUCGGCCAAGGCGGCUUCGGCCGCGUGUACCACGGCGUGCUACAGCGGCCGGUGAACGCCGAGGUUGCCGUCAAGAAGGUGUCCCACGACUCCCGGCAAGGGCUGCGCGAGUUCGUGUCCGAGAUCGCGAGCAUGAGCCGGCUGCGCCACCGCAACCUGGUGCAGCUCCUCGGGUACUGCCGGCGGCGGGGCGAGCUGGUACUCGUCUACGACUACAUGGUCAACGGCAGCCUCGACAGGCACCUGUUCGACGCCGGCAAGCCGGCGCUGAGCUGGGAGCAGCGCGGCAAGAUCGUCCGCGACGUCGCCGCCGGGCUGCUGUACCUGCACGAGGGAUGGGAGCAGGUGGUGGUGCACCGCGACAUCAAGUCCGCCAACGUGCUCCUCGACGCCGACAUGAACGGCAAGCUCAGCGACUUCGGCCUCGCGCGGCUGUACGACCACGGCAGCAACCCGCAGACGACGCACGUCAUCGGGACGCUGGGGUACCUCGCGCCGGAGAUGAGCAAGACGGGGAAGGCCACCACAAGCACCGACGUGUUCGCGUUCGGCGCCUUCCUGCUCGAGGUGGCGUGCGGGCGGCGGCCCAUGGAGCGCGACGACGACCUUGAUUCGCCCGGGCUCGUCGACCUCGUCCUCGAGUGCUGGAAGGCCGGGAGGAUCGUGGAAGCCAGGGACAAAAGGAUCGGCAAGUGCGACGAGGCCGACGUCGAGCUGGUGCUCAAACUCGGCCUGCUCUGUUCGCACCCUGACCCCCGGUGCCGGCCGAGCAUGAGGCAGGCGGUGCAGAUGCUGGAAGGCGCAGCGCCGGUGCCAGAGACACCGCCCAAAGAUCUAGCCAGCAACAGCAGGUUGUUCUACGGAUACAGCGAGUCUUUCGACGAGUUCGCCACCAUGUUCCCGGCGACGUCGGAGGUCACCAGCGUCACCACGCAGCCGUCUUCCUCACACUCCACCGGCGAGGGGCAGCAGGUCUCCUCCGAACAAAUCACCAACGUAUAGUCAUGUGUUUUACGAUGGUUGGGUUAGGAAGCAAACAGUGAUCAUAGGUUUAGGUGUUGUGUGAUAUUUUCUUCAAGUGAAUAUAGGAUAUGGUCAGCCAUUUUGUAGGGAUGACCACAAAAACAAAGUUAGAUAAAGCUCCAACAGAUUGAACU